CAAUCUCGAAGCCGGUGGUCUGGCAACGGUAACCCUCGUCCUACGCUCCAACUACGACGUCGUCAAGGAACACGGAUACACAAUCUCCAGCUGCGAUCAUGGAAACUUGAAAGGAUGGAGACCCAGUGUCGGUAUGUUUGGCAACCUCACUCUUCUACACCUCGACGACUUUUGGGGGCGGCCCAAUAUUCAAACUGAGUAUGGCUUGUGCGUGUGUAAUGUAACAUGAGGAAAAAGGCAAGCUAACAUGUAAACCAUUGUUUUUUUGAAAUAAAGUCCGCAACAGUAUCCCCGAUCUCGUUGGGGAGGGCAUCGAGCAGCCAUUCGAUUAUGUGAUGCUUUGCACCAAGAACAUGCCGGAUAUCCUUCCCACGGCCGUCGACCUAAUCAGCCCUGCUCUCCCCACUGGCAGCAAUGCGAGCAAGACUACCUUGAUACUCUUGCAAAACGGGUUGAAUAUCGAGAAACCGUUUCUGCGUCCUCAUCCCAAUGUUUGUAUCCUGAGCGGUAUCUCCAUGAUUGGUAGUGCGGAAACUAUGCCUGGUACUAUUGUCCAAGAUGAAGGCGAUAAAUUGUUAAUCGGCGCCUUUCCCACAUCAAACAUCAACCCCGCUGUGCCCGAACGACGCGCCGAAGAAUUCGUGCACAUGUACUCGGCAGGCGGCAAAACAAAGUGCACUUACUCGCCCAACGUCCUGCACGACCGGUGGAAGAAAUUGGUCUUCAACGCCUGUUUGAAUCCAAUUUGCGCCAUUACGGGCCUGGACGACGGACGGCUGCGCCUAGCGGACGGCGCGCUCGACGGCCUCGUGCGACCAGCCAUGCGCGAAAUCGUUGCCGCGGCCAAGGCGGUCUGCGGUGUGGACUUGGAUCCAGGAGUUGUGGAGGAGACGAUCCAUGUUGAUCCGUUGGAGAGCUGGCUGAAGCCUAGUAUGCAGCAGGAUUUGGAAAAGGGUAAUUUCCUCGAGUAUGAGAAUUUGUUGGGGGAGCCGUUGAGGGCGGGGAGGAAUGCUGGGGUUAGUAUGCCGACGUUGGAAGUGCUGUAUUACCUUGCCAAGGCGAUUCAGUGGAGGAUCAAGGAGAAGAGAGGGUUGGUUGAGGUGCCGGGGAAGAAGUAGAGUGGUUGGAGGGUGGGAGGUGGUGUUGCGACUAUGUACAUCACGUAGAUGAUGCUGGCAACUUGUCAUGUCGUCUCACUAAUCAUAGAGGAUGCGUUGCAUUAUCAAGAAUCACAGUGCGAACAUGGGAGAAGGUUGUGAUGGUCGAAGACACGUAUUACUCCGCUGAUACCUUUUUGUAGUGCCCACCAGUCUAAAAGUGUUAGAGUAUGUAGAGACGUGCUUUCUAAGCAGUGAAGAAGUCGCGUUUAGUAGUCGUAGUUAACAAAGACGAAGA